UCUAAAGCGACCAGCCUCCUCUAUGGAAGGCAGCAGAGAAGCUCCGCUGAGGAGAAGGAGAGGAAGGCCAAGACACAGCCCCUUUCCCUGACAGGGCUGAGCUCCCCAGCACAUGGGCUCCUGGCGCACUGAUGGUGCAUCACAGGGUUUGCAUUGGCAGCGGGCGGAAAAAGCAGGGCGGCAGCCUUUGUGCCCAGCGACCUGACUCCUGAGGAGUGCCAGGAACUUGAGAAUAUCCGACGACGAAAGCAGGAACUGCUGGCAGACAUACAGCGCCUGAAAGAUGAGAUAGCAGAGGUGACUAAUGAAAUCGAGAACCUGGGUUCCACAGAAGAGAGGAAAACCAUGCAGAGAAACAAGCAAGUGGCAAUGGGAAGAAAGAAGUUCAACAUGGAUCCCAAGAAGGGGAUCCAGUUCCUGAUAGAGAAUGACCUCUUGAAGAACACGCGUGAUGACAUUGCCCAGUUCCUCUACAAGGGUGAAGGACUCAACAAGACUGCCAUCGGUGACUACCUAGGUGAAAGAGAUGACUUCAAUAUCCAGGUGCUGCAUUCAUUUGUAGAGUUGCAUGAGUUUACGGACCUCAAUCUUGUACAGGCAUUGCGGCAGUUCCUUUGGAGCUUCCGGCUGCCUGGUGAAGCACAGAAGAUUGACCGGAUGAUGGAAGCAUUUGCACAACGAUACUGUCAAUGUAACCCUGGUGUUUUCCAGUCAACAGAUACCUGUUAUGUGCUCUCCUUUGCCAUCAUUAUGCUGAACACCAGCCUGCAUAACCCCAAUGUCAAGGACAAGCCAGGUGUAGAGCGCUUCAUUGCCAUGAACCGUGGCAUCAAUGAUGGUGGCGACUUGCCUGAGGAGCUGCUCAGGAAUCUCUAUGAGAGCAUAAAAAAUGAGCCCUUCAAAAUUCCUGAGGAUGAUGGUAAUGACUUGACCCACACCUUCUUCAAUCCGGACCGGGAGGGCUGGCUUCUGAAGCUCGGAGGUGGCCGAGUGAAGACGUGGAAACGACGCUGGUUCAUCUUGACAGACAACUGCCUUUACUACUUUGAGUACACCACGGACAAGGAACCAAGAGGCAUCAUCCCACUAGAAAAUCUGAGUAUCCGAGAGGUGGAGGAUUCUAAGAAGCCGAACUGUUUUGAGCUGUAUAUACCUGAUAACAAAGACCAGGUGAUCAAAGCCUGUAAGACUGAGGCAGAUGGCCGUGUAGUGGAAGGGAACCACACUGUGUACCGCAUCUCAGCACCCACUCCAGAGGAGAAGGAAGAAUGGAUCAAGUGCAUCAAAGCCGCCAUUAGCCGGGACCCAUUCUAUGAGAUGCUGGCUGCACGCAAGAAAAAGGUCUCCUCCACCAAGAGACAUUAGUUUCCUGGCUUGCUCCAUCAGCUGCAGUGUUGGCAGGGCAGCCUCCCAGACUGGGAGACAUGAGGAACUACACUGAAUUGCCUGCUCUGUAUUGCUACCCUGAGGGGACUAGCUUCAGCUUUUGCUAUUCUUUUCUUGUUUGGGUGCAGGAAGAGUUGGGAGGUAUGGCAGCCACGAAUCUUUAGUUGUGAGAAUGCCAUUUCUCUGAUUUCAACUAGGCGAUUUGUAGCAACUACAUCCUUAGUAGCCCAAGUGGCAGAAGGAGAAGGUUGUUGAGGUCUUUCCUACCCACUGCAGUUAAUUUAUUCACUUGCCCAAACUGAUGGAGAGAGAGAGCUUCAAGCUGUGUGUACCCCAAAGGGUACCCCUUUGAUUUACCAUUGGGAAGUGUGAGUUGUGCCAGGCCUUACAAUGAUACUCUUUGAGACCAGAACCUGAUAUGGGCCAUGGACUGCCAAAGGCAUAGAUUAGUUUGCACCCCAGUGGAGGAUAAGACUCUGCCUUCAAAGCAUAGAGUUUCUCAUGGCAAUUGGUCUUGGCACGAUUCCUUGUUCUUUGGUCAGGCAGGCUGGAUGGUUUCCUCCUCCAGACCAAUUGAGUCAUGCACAUUUAAUGGGGGGGGGGGGGACGACUCUUAACAUUUUUUAGAUUAAUCAUAUUGGGCAAUGCACAGGCAGGAAUGUCAGCCCCAAACAGCUGGCAUGGGUGAAUGCUGUGAGGCUGCCAGUCUCCCGUAUUUGCACUGCCUUCGUUUUAGAGGGCAUCUGUUUAGGCUGCCUCUGAUGCUUUGGCAGGGUGAAGUCAGCAGGGGGCUCACUUAAGCCACUGUGCCAUCAUGAGAAGGCCGUGAUGGUGUCAGCCAGUGGGUAUGCAUGCAGUUUGGGGUAGGGCUGGUGACAUACCUUUGUUGGUGCUUUAUAUUUGCUUUGGCCAACAGUUGCUGGUUCCCCAUCACACUCAGCAGUUUGGCAGGAUAUUAUUCCUGCAGUAGCUCAUACUGCAGCCCUGUUUGUGUCUGAACUCAUGAGGAACUGUAGAUGCAGGAACAAGCAGAAAAGAAGAGACCUACACCAUCACAUGCUGUGUACUGCAGAAAGCAGUGUUACAAGCCUGAUUCUAGUUUUUCUAGUAGCAUAUGCUUCCAGUUGCACUUUCAGUAAGGAUGGGUCUGGUGGCUUAAGAUGGAGGCUGCCCUGGACCAGUGAGAGGCAGUAGAUCGUAGUUCUGAAGCACAAGCAGGUGGUUGUUGGCUGGGGAACUAUUGGAAGACCUGGGGUGGGGAGAGAGUUUUUUGCGGGUGGAGAUGCUGGCCUUUAUUUGAAACAUGGAGGCAAUGGGGAUGGGGAGGUGAACCAUAAGAUAGCUUCCUUCCCUUGUAAAAGCCUGUGGCGUGUUAGCUCAUUGUGCACCUUUUUGGCAAGUUCCAGUUCUCCAUCUCAGUAUUAGCCUAUUUAUCUGAGGUGUACAUACUCUCUGUAUAUAUUUUCUCCUCAUAGAUUAUUUUGUAUUUGUUUUAAAUAUGAAGAUUGUUUUUUGUGAAACUUAACAGGAUUCUCAAACAUUGCUGAGACACAAGGGGCAUGUGGGAGGAGGGGAGAAGUUUCUUCAGGUCAGACAGUUUGGUUACAGUUUGUUUUGAUUCCUUUCUUCGUCUUCCUUUUUGGGUUUUGUUUUGUUUCACCACAACCUUGUGUUCUAGCACAGAGCAACUGCGGUAAAUAAAAGUUGAUCUUACAGUUGGCUUGAAACUCA